AUGCCGCGCUGCACUCACAAGGGCUGUGGUCAGGAAUAUGACGCUGCUAACAACACGACCGAGAGUUGCACAUAUCACUCAGGUGGACCUGUCUUCCAUGAAGGGUUGAAGUCUUGGUCGUGCUGUUCCGAUUCGAACAAGCCGGUACUAGAUUUCGAUGAAUUCAUGAACAUACCAGGCUGCACUACGGGAUUCCAUACAGAUGAGGCUGUGAAGACAGAGGCGCCAAAACCGUCCGCAAAUGUGAAUCUGAAAAUGGCCGACUCGCAAGCUGGAAAGGAGAUCUAUACCUCUAAACCAUCUGGAUCUGAGGCUUUCACGGCUACCGUAGCAUCGCCCUCCGCCGUAAAACCUGCCCCAACCGAAGAAGAGGAGGAGGAUCUAGCUGCGACGGUUCCCUCAGGUACAAAGUGCAGGCACAACGGAUGUCAGGCGAUUUUCGAGAGCGACGAAGUCAACCGAAUAGGGAAUGGUCCGGGGACGGUCUGUGCGUACCAUCCGAUGCCUCCCAUCUUCCGGGAAGGUAGUAAGGGCUACCUCUGCUGCAAAAGGCGGGUCCUUGAGUUCGACGAAUUCCUCAAGAUCCAGGGCUGCAAAACGGGACGACAUGUCUUCGUCCCCAAGUCGAGUGUUAAAGAUACAACUGAACAAUUCACGGAUUGCCGAAUCGACCAUUACCAGACUCCUACUGAGGUGCAUGUAUCCGUCUUCGCGAAGCAAGUUGACAAAGACCGCAGUUCUGUCCGGAUAGAGCAGAGCAGAAUCCAGCUUGAUCUUUACCUUCCCGCGUCUAAGCGUUUCCGAAAAUCCAUAGAGCUAUUCGGUCCAGUUGACCCAGAGGCAUCUUCUUACAAGUACUAUGGGACGAAGGUGGAGUUGAUUCUCAAGAAGCAAGAUACCAGGAGCUGGACCCUUCUCGAGAAGACCGACAGAAACCUGGGUGGCAUUAGCUUGACCUUUGGUGUCAGUGGGAGGACUGGCACAAUUGGCGGGAAGGAUCUGAUUCUGGACGAAUCCAACAAAUCUAGAGCAUCAUGA